CAGUGCCGCGUGGCUCCCGGGUGCUGCCCUCGGGUCUGAUUCUCGGUGUUUUCCUCCUGCAGCAAUUCUUCGACGUAGAUGAAGAGAGGGCUGCUUUGCAAGACGCGUCUAGUGUCAAGAUAGGCGUUUUGCUAAGAAAAGUAAAAGAGAGAGAAGAAAUUAUUAGGGAGCUGAAAGAAGAGCUAGACCAGUACGAGGAAUACGGAUUUAAAAAAGUGGACUCCUUUGCCAAAAAGACCAGCUCCACAAAAUCCAACGUGGACCGGGAGAUCAUGGAGUACAAACUGGAAAAUGAGAGGCUGCUGCAGGUCGUCUCGGAACUGGAAGAAGAGCUGCAGAUGAAUCUGAGAGAAAAUGCGGAAUUAGAAGCUGAAUAUAUGAGUCUGAAAGAGAUCUCAGAAAAGGAUCAGAAAACUAUUCAAAAGUUAAUCGACGGGAGAGCAAGAUUACAAUAUGAACUUGACUGUGAAAGGGCGUUUGUUCAAGAUAUGAUUAACAAACAGAAAGAAGACAUGGACAGGAGAAAGCCGGAGACCCUGGCCCUCAAGGGCCCGCGCUCAGCCAAGGGAAAGGAGACCUUUGUGCCCACGUGGUCCACGCUGCAGCCGCCCACAGCGGCCGCCACUGCCACCACUGCCGCCACCGCCACUGCCGCCGCCACCACGGAGCUGGAGUCAGUCAAGGCGCAGGCGGCCUCCGUCAGCGUGUCGGGUAAGAGGAAGAAAGCCAAGUCGGCCAAGAGGUUGUCCAAGGAGGCGCGCCCCGUGUCUAGAAGUCUAACACUUGUGGCACAAGAAGAAAAGAAGGUGAAACUGUCGUGGACUAAGGAUGACGACAGAAGAUUUCUGCAGAUGCAGAUAGAGGUGCUGCAGGCCACGCUGGAGUCGGAGACCAGGAAGAUAGAAAGAUACCGGAAGGAAGCCGAGCAGAUCAGCAAGAACUGGGAGAGGAAGUUCGUCAUCCUCCGGAACAGCUACCACAUGCUCAAGAACGAGAUGUUCACGCGGCACACGCUGUUCCGGCAGUUCGCGGUGCUGGCCGACACGUCCUUCAAUUACGUCAAGGUGAAGCCUCUGUACGUGCAGUCUAAGGUGAACUUGGUUGACACGACACCGUCGUCCAGCGAUCAUGGCGCGUCCUCGGUAGAUGCUGAGUGCAUGGACGUCGACGAGCCGGUGUCCAUCCCUGUUCUGCCCAAAGCGAGGCUGUCGGGAACCCUGAAGGAGCCACUGAAGAGGCUGUCGCAGUCCCAGAGGAGCCCCGUGAGAGAAGAGGACCGAGACUGACCCACGGGGACGCACCCCUGGGGCGCGCCAGGCUAGUCUCGCUGGCCAUGGAGAGCUCUCCAGGGCGUCCGAGCCGGGCGCUUGGGCAGCGCCUCCCCCAGAAACCCCGCGCCCCUGCGGGGCGAGCCGGGGGCGCAGACGCCCUGGGCCGGCGCCUAGGGGAGGGCAGGAACGCACUUGAGUGAGAAAGCUCGAGGCAUUAAAUGUGUUUGACCCUUCCUCCGGCAUCUCCCUAACGACC